GUCUAUGGCGCAGUUAGAGUUGACAGCGAUAAGAUAUUAUGUUAACUUAUGGUUUCCGUGCAACAAAUUUUUGGUUUGCUGGGAGCUGAAGCUUUACUGAAAAAACGGCUGAAUUCUUUGCUGUGUUUGAGAAACGUUAUUGCAAUGCACGUUUGAUAAAUUAGAAAAACUUUCUUUUCUUCACAAACUCCUUUCAACCAUGUCACUUCUUCCUGAAUCAUUGAGCAUUUUGUCGAAAUAUUACCAGCCGAUUGUUGACGGUCAAGAGACUGUAUCCGAUGAAUGUACGUACAUACUCUCUAUGCAAUCGAGAACAGCAGUCGGAGCUCACGCUGACUGAUGGUACAGUUAUUAAUGAGCGUCCGGCCGUCAGCACUUCCAAUUGUAUACAGAAACGUAAUAGAGUCGAUCUAAAUCAGCCCUUGAUUUACGAAUAUUGGAAAGUUAUUUAUAAUGAUAUAAAUGUUCAUUAAAUGCUCUAGUUUGUGUUACUAGGAUAGCUGCGGGUGAGCUUGUCAACUACAAACGACUACGAACAAUUUUCCAACGUUGAGUUGUUCGUUACAACUCAACGUAACAGGAAAUGGACCCGGAUUGUGAUAUACGGCCACGCUGGAAAAUGAUAUUGUCUUCAUUAAGAUAGCAUGAAGCUUUCCAUCCUAUUCACUUUUAAUGACACAAUAACAACUAUGUGUAAGAAUAUAUGUCUUUAAAGCUGCUAUCUCCAUUUAAUUUCCUCGGGCAAAAUUGGUUUUCUAUUUCUCUGCCAGCCACUGCCCGUAGCUGGAACGAAUGCCACCUUCACAGGAUGGUGGUAAUCUCAAAGCUUUGCAUAAUAAACACAUCAGUUCUCAUGAAUAAUCGCAUCUGGCGGAAUGUUGAUUUGCUGAAUCCUCGAUUUGUUUGCAAGUUCAUCGACCAGGUGUAUAUACUGGAAAAAACUAGUGUUUCAACAAUAACAGACGUGGGGUGUUGACGAUCUUAUGGCCCAGUCCAUACGUUUGAUUUGUUCGUCUCUGCUGGCUUCCUUAAAAGUUUUGUCGUUUCGUAACGAAACGUAGCAAUAUAACUAAUAUAUAACAUUGAUUAUUUUCAAGAAGAUCAAGAUCCAACUGGUCUGCCAUGGUGUAGCUGAUUGACCCCGUAUCGUAGGGAAAGAAUUGCGUCUGACAACUCAUUAUAGAUUUUUUGGCAAAUGGAUGGUAUUUACAAGGAAAUAUCUUACGGGAUGGCCAUCACAUCACAAUUAAAUUGUUUCAAAGGCAACUGGAGAUUUGUAGCACAUUUGUACACGUUUCCGUAAAAGGGAAUAAACAGUACUAUAUCGCAGGUCAUGUUUUUUGAUUCAUUGUUGUCUAUUUUAAAAGCCAUUUCAAUUCCACGAAAAUAGCAAACAAAGAUGACUUUGCCUCUUACGAUGACCGCUUGUUACAUGCACGUAUGAGUUAGAAGUAUUAUUUCACAUCAAAUGUUUUAGAUUCUUAAUUUCUUGUGGCAUUGAAACGCGAGAGGCGUUUACUCGAUGACUCUCCGUUUAUGGUCUGCAAACAAUUUCGAGGUGUGGAAAUAACAACCGGCACCGACGUAUGAUGACGCAGUUUGCUCGCAUAAAAAAUGGGCUUGCCAACGCACUCGGUUGCGUGAAACGCAUUUAACUAAUAUUCAUUUGAAAGUUUGGUUAGUUAUAAAAAACACUCGUCUCGCAACAACAAAAAAAACAUUUAGUAAAAUAUAAUUCAUUCUGGCACCCUGAUUACAUAAGAAAAAGCAUGGAACACUAAAAGCCUUAAAAAAAACCAGCUGGAACAAGGCUGAUGAAAAACUUUCUUUCCUCUCGAUAGAUUCCCGGGGCUGAAAAACGAAGAAACUUCACAAACACAUUGCGUUAAGUAUCGCAGUCAGUUAGGGUUAUACUAUAUAACAAGUUCCAUUUGUAUGCGACAAGUUUGCCGCUUAAACUAGCGGCAUAUUUACCAGAUGCAAUGUAACCAAAAAGUUUCGUGUUUUGCGUGGAUGGGCUCGAGUCCUUUUCGCUGAUAAAAUAACUACAUAUACAUUCUGACUUUCAUUAAAAAGUAACACGCAUGUUUCGUUGCGUCGUUGCAUGAGUUCACCGAAAACAACUUGUUUGUCUGGCUGCUGUUUACUUAUCGUGCAAUUCAAGGUUUGUUGCACCUGCGUAUUAGUCGAAUGUUAAAUGAAAAACCAAGAUAACAUUUUCCGUGGCUAUGUGAAGUAAUCGCUAAAGCUACGUUAUAUAUUAAGCUACGUCGUUUCACAUCCUUUAAUCAACUUUUUUUUUGCAAAAGCCACGGGCUCACGUUGAAGUUUUCUUGUUCAGAAAGGUGAACGUAUUGAUUAGAUCCAAGGUAAACAGAUUACCCUCUUAUUACGUAUGCGAACCUAAAUUGUGGGUGCUUGUUUCCCAGGAUGACGAUACUUUAAGUUGUAAAUGCAUAAUCAAGUAAUAUCAGUCAACGUCGUAUAACCAGUUCUUCAGAUAUUGUCAUUCUUAUGGUGAAAAUCGUGUUUUUACGCAGGUGGCUAUAUAAUACAUGAAUGCCGCUGCCUGCAAUCAUCUUUUAAUAUCAUGUCGCGCUUAUGAUCAAUCCUCAGGUCAAUUGUAAUUCAAGAGGCUAGUUCAAUCACCGUCCGAAUUCCAAACGGUGAAAUCGUGCAGUCUGCUGCAGAAUGAAAUUGACGGCGUUUGAAUUAAAGUGGCGUAACGGUUUGGCAUUAUGCAUAGCAAAUGAAGUGGGUAUAACAUCCGGCAGAUUAUAGGCUGGUAUAUGAUUGCCCUACAUCAGGUAUACAGGGAAAACGAAAUCCGUAAGAUCAGAGUCUUUAUUCAUCCAGGAAAGAAUGGAAGGAAUGCUGAUUAACAUUCAAUGGCCUUUGUUUCGCUUUUAGAUUUUUUUAAAAGCAGGAAUCAGUGAUGUACUGUGAAGACUUGGUUUGAUUUGCAAUUCAUCGUUCAAAAAGGAUUGCUCCGCAUAUUUUACUUGCUGACGUACGCCCUGUAAAAGACGUCAUGCGUUUCUAAGAUGUAUAGAAACUAUAAGUAUUUGCAUUUACCACUCCCGAAAGAAUGUAGAUCAUAAAAAAAAAAAUUACCUCACAGCGCCUCACUUAAACGCUGAUCAGUUUUCUGUCAAUUCAUCGAAUCAAAUUGACUGGAAGCAGGUGAAAUUCUCACAGCAGGUAGAUACGAAAAUCAUUGAUUUAACGUUUCGGUGCAAGCACGUCAACAGUUGCGCACUGGGGUUUCUCCACAGUGAGAUGCCAAUCGCAAAUCAGACAUCACGUCAUCACCUUUGAGUUUUCUUAACAAAGGUUCGAUCGAUUUGCAUAUGUCUAGGUUGCGUCAUAUUGUAUUUUCAACUUUGUUGCGACACGAAUGCAGAAUUUAUUUAACCAUCAUCGAUGCUGUGACAACUUGUAUAGGAUACAGUACUUAUGUGCGGUUAGGCAUUUCAACCAAUUCUCCGAGUGAACGUGAUCAAUAACAGCAUAUCUACGCGCAUGGGUUGUAGACGCAUCUUUUUAUUGACGACAAGUAGGGAACGUGAUUAAAGGUUAAUAUCUAACCUACAUGACAAAACGACUGAAAGUUUCUUAUCGUGGCAUUUCUACAACAUUUAAUCUGCAUCACUGGUGACAUAUGUUAAUCGGUACGAAUAGCUGAAUCGAAAGCUCUCAUUGGUAAAAGCUUCGUUGGAUUCAGUGGCACAAAAGAACUUUGUCCUAUAUGUCAAUGUUCUUUCUCCUUCUUUUGUUUCAACAAUUUUAAUGGGCCAAGAUCUCCAUGUCAUUUGAAAUCCAGUUUGUCAAUCAGCUUGUAAACUAAUCGCACACAAAAGGGUAAUCUGUAUACUGCCCUGAACAUCAUCAAUCGGGGGCUUGUUUCAUUCCGGUAUACAAAUGAUUGGACUACUGAACUUGAAGCUGCUCUUGUGAUAUGAAAUUUAAUCCUAGCGAAAGCGAUGUGAUCGCUUAGAACCUAAGAUGGGGGGUUUCAUAACAGAUUCUUUUUUAGAGCAGUUCAGUAGACCACGGUCUCGAACGUAGCCCUUUUCCCCCAUUUCUCAAAUUGGGGUUAAACGCCAUUUUUAGGGCGCGUUUCGAAAGACUUGCUAAUGCAUUCUUGUAGUUCCAAUGCAGCUCUUCUAUCAUCAGUAAAUAGACGGUAUAGAAUUUCAAAUCUAUAUACCCAAAUGAGGCAUUCAUUUUCCUCGGCCUUAUAUUUGCUUUGCCACAAUGCUAAAAUAACUUUUGACCUUCAAUUGAGACUUGCAAACGAGCAUCUGCGUGUACAAAAUUGAUAAUAAGCAUUCACCGCGAAUGCGGCGGACGUAAGUAGGGACGCUUCUCUUUGAAAUCGGAUGAACUUCUCAUGUAAUUACAUUAACCAGAAAUGCUCACAUGCCAUCACUAGACCCUUUCUAUUGCAAAUGAAGAGUAAAGGAAAAUAAUGCGAUCGAAAAAGGUACUCUGGUCUUUUGCAUCGCAAUCGCUUUCCCUUACAACAGCACAUGCCCCAGACAGGUGAGGCUUUUUUCGUGAUGUAUACAACACAGACUUUUGCUUUGUGCGCAUUUUUAUUUGAUAUCGCACCAUCGGGACUUUCAAGCGCAACUUUUUUCACCGGUACGGCAGUGAAAAAAAGAAUGGAAAAAGGAAGUUUUCACGACGGCAAUAAAUAUAGCAGCCCCAUGGUUUGUGGCUGAUAUAAAAAUUUAAAUUGAAGAACAUUUGUGGGAAGGAAUAAAAAAAAAAAUUGUUGGGAUUCUAGUAAGAACUAGUUCACUCACUGGUUUUGCAAUGUGUAUCUCUUAUCGGGAUCGUGACACUAUUAUCAUGUGGUAGAAACAAGUAUUUUAUAAUGAUAUACUUUAAGUGCAUAGUGAUAAGAUUUUCCUAAUGAACUAGAUACUAAAUAAAAAAAUUAAAGAAACAAAAGCUAUAGAAUAAAUACGCAUGAGUUAUGAAUUAUUUGAGCAAAAACUUGAGUUAAGAACAUCUAUAUAACUAGUUCAAUAAAUGAAUAUACAUUAAUUAUUCUUCGAUAUAUGUCAGCUUAGUAUAUGAUUAAACUAAUUCUUAGUUUUCAGAAGUCUUAAAGAUAAAGUUUGCAAGAGUUACCCUCCCAUUUAGUAAUCGAUCUGCUUGAUAGGCUAUCGUUGUUCUUGUCGUAACGAUGUCAGAUCCACGACCAACGCUUGGGGAUCAGUGUAAGCUGCAAAAUCGAUCGACUUCUCUUGGAGGCGAAACGUCUAGCGCUCCUUCCUUAUAUGAUAUCCACCGAAAAACUUGGUGCGUCUUACUUUCUCUUUGACCCCCAGAGAGAUCUUUGAUAACAAUCCAAUGUCCCGUGGUAAUGUGCCAUUUCUUCCAACUAUUUUGCGCUUAGAAACUGCUGCAGUCACCAAAAUACAUUACUUAAUGUUAAUAUACAGCCAGCUGUGUACUUCAAAGCAGCUUUCUUAUUUGCGUUUAACUUGUUGAGCUCAUUUCAGAUUGUUGCUUCACCUGUGCCAGUGAACUUAGUUAAUUAUGCCAAAUGGACACGGUGCUGCAUAUACUUCUUUGCAACCAGUUUGUACGAGACACAUGAAAGAAACAAAUUAUCGUACUGAUGACGAUAGUAAUAAUACGUUCUUAAUUAUUACAUGAAACAAUUUUAAUCACUUUAAAACAACAAUGUCUGGCAUGUAGAAGCUCCUCUUUCCAUAGAUGGCAUUCUAUUAGCGGGACCUGGUUCAAAUUCAAGUUAUGUCGCUUUCACGAAAACAGCAAAUGCAUUUAAAAUGUAAUGCACCGAUGAAAAUGGGCAAGUAGCCAAACUAUAGUUUUCCUAUAUUAGGCCAGUGGCACUUUUCGCUACAGAAGCUUUAUACAGGUGUGGCUGCGUCCACACACGCUAUACCUGAUGCCUCUAUUUGGCAGUUGCCUGUAGAUUAUGUGCAAACAAGUGAAGUUCCAUCGCGGUGCAGACCAGAAAUUUUUCGAGAAAAGAUAUGGGUUGGAAAAGCUCAUUGGUUAUUCAUUUGGGAUUCUGGUUCUAUCUACUCGUUGGCGGACUAGUUUUUUAUUACCUCGAAAAUCCAACGUAUCAUCUCUCAUCGCUACCUAAUAAACCAAUCACGAUAAACGACACGUUCUGUCAGCAUCUUGUUCAUUCAGUUGGAAAUUACGUGAGAACGCGUGACAGCGUGCAACAAGAAGAUUCGCUGGUGUGGUUGGCCGCUGUGCAAGAAUCGUGCAACAAUCUAACAUUUUUAAACAAGACCGACGAGUACGCGAAUGGAGACAAUCCGUGGGAAUUUUCAAGCGCACUGUUUUUGUGCAUGACAAUCCUCACCACCGUCGGCUAUGGAAAUUUCAGUCCAAAAAGCAGUGGGGGUAAAAUCUUCUGCAUGUUUUACGGGUUAAUUGGAAUCCCGAUAUGCGGAGUGUUUCUCGCUUCGACCAGUGACUAUUUCAGCAAUAGCUUUCUGCACCUGUACGAUCGACAACAGCAGAAAUUUCAGAAAGAGAAACGAUUCGACAUCUUACAUUGCAGCGAUCUUAUUUUUCCUUGCUGGACUUGCGGUCUUCCUCUUCAUUCCCGCAGCGAUUUUCGUUUUCAUCGAGGUUUAAUAUUGUUCUGCUUUAAGGACUGGUCUUUCCUGGAUGCUACAUAUUUUUCAUUUGUCACGCUCACAACCAUUGGCUUUGGAGAUAUUGUUGCAGCUCAGGAAACGAAUUUGCCGCUAUUGUGGUUCUACCGCAUUUGUUGGAUUAUCUGGGUCACGCUAGGCAUCGCAUAUUGGGCCAUAAUCGUUACCUUCAUCACAAAGGCUCUCAAGUCGAAAGAAUUAAGGCAAAAAUGGGAAGAAACAAGUGAUACACUCGCUGCGCAAGCUAUGGAGAUGCAGAAAAUUGUGGAACACCAGCUCUCAAACAAUGGCCAACACGGGAACGCAUUUAUAGCUUUGAAAUCCAAAGCUGUCUUUGAUUUCGCUUUACAAUUAACAGGCUCCAUGGGAAACGUAAAGGAUGAAGUUGAGUGUCAGCCUCUACCCGGUAUAGCAACGGCCUUCAAACCUGGUCUUGGCCGUGGGAUAUUCGCCUUGAUGGAGUUGUCUGUUAAGAGACUUGGUCAACACCAACAACCAGUCAAUCAAUCUACUCCAAAUUUUGUCGGGGAUCAAGUCGACAACUCUCCGCAAACUAAUGAAGCUAUUCGACCAACACUUAUCAACGCCAAGUCCUCCAGCAUGGAUUCCGGUUUUAAUGAUUCCGAUGUGAUGGAUAGCAUUAAUGAUAUGAGUCCAAAUCCGUCAAGAGAGCUAUCAAAGACAAGUAGUCGCAGAUCUCUUCCUUGCGCACCAGAGCCGAAGGCCAACGGGAAAAAAGAAAGCAAAUGGAAGUUGUUGUCUCGCAGCCAAAUUCAACCUGAAUUGCAAAAUCGUAAUUCGAUCGAAGGUCCACUACUUGGAGAUCUGCUAAUGGAAGCCAUACUGAUUUUUAACGAAGCAGAAAAAAGAGGAACUAACCUUCGUCGAACUUAAAAGAACUAUUUAAGUCACCACUGUAGUACACCUGUUGACUACGUGUCACACCUAAAGGUGUGUACUUUACACUCGUACAGCACGAUUGAUGACACGUCGAAAAUAAAUAGUUUUCACUGCUUUA